ACAGAACCCUAAGUUAGGAAUGUUCUAUGUGGAAGGACUGAAGAAAGUACCUGUUGGGAGCUAUGCGGAAAUAGAGAAAAGAAUGGAACAAGGUACACAGUCAAGAACAGUAGCAUCAACAAAUAUGAAUGCCACGAGCAGUCGUGCUCAUACUGUGGUCACAAUUAUAUUUGACCAGAUCAUUAAGUCAGACAGUGGGGAAACAAAGAAAAGCUCUGUGAUGAAUUUAGUGGAUUUGGCAGGUUCUGAGAGAGCAGACAGUACAGGAGCUACAGGUGACAGAUUAAAGGAAGGUGCUAACAUUAAUAAGUCUCUCUCGGCUCUAGGAAACGUCAUAUCAGCAUUAGCAGACCUGUCAAUGGGAAAGAAGAAAGUUAUGGUGCCUUACAGGGACUCGGUCCUCACAAAAUUGCUACAGAAUGCCCUCGGUGGAAACAGUAAAACAAUAAUGAUAGCUGCAUUAUCACCGGCUGACAUUAACUAUGAUGAAACUCUAGGUACAUUAAGAUACGCUGACAGAGCUAAGAAGAUACAGAAUAAAGCCGUUAUUAAUGAAAACCCAAUGGACAAACUUAUACGACAACUUAAACUCACCAGUAUGUGGUUGGUAUUGGUGUGUAUACCUUCAGCUCACCAGUAUGUGGUUGGUAUUGGUGUGUAUACCUUCAGCUCACCAGACUGUGACUGA